CUUUCCUAUUGAUUCCUACUUAAAUCACGCAUGCGCAGAUGCUUACUUUUAUAUGUUUUACAUACUUUAUGGGGUCAAUUUUUCGGUCAGUAUAUAAGGGAGUUAGCAAUCUAGUAUUGUAUAGAAGUCUGUGUAUAGAACACAAAAAUAGAAACUACAGCAAAAAAAAACGAUGUAUAAUAUAAUAUUUCUUCAACACAAUAGAGAGCACCAUUUAAAUCAGUGUAGUUCUUGAUAUGUAAACAAUUUGUUGAACUGCGUGUUUCGUACGGGAUAAUGAUUUAUUAUGUAAGCUGCAUAUGAGAAGAAGGCUAUGGUGAGAAAAAAGUGUACGAAAUUUCCUCGAUUUUUUGCAACGGAUGGUGGUUUUCAAAAAUGACUGACUCUGCCUCCUCUACUUUCGUCAGAAUAAUUAGCAACGUAGUGACUUUAUUGAAAUGUGUUGCUCGGACGGCAUUUGUGAUAUUGAACAAUGUCUACUGUAUACCUACAUAUGCAGUAUGGAUGAUGUUAUUGUUUCCUGUAAAAGUAUAUCAACCUCAAGUGUAUUGGCGAAUCGAGGGCCUAUUUUUUCACUGGUUGUUGGCAAUGGUAUCAAUGUGGACUUGGUCUGCAGGUUACGACAUAAUAGAACAAGGUGAUGACAUACAGCAGAUUAUAAAUGAAAAAACAUUAGUUAUAGCAAAUCAUCAGAGUACUGGUGAUGUUCCUAUAUUAAUGACAACAUUUAAUGCCAAACCAAAUGUUUUACCCAAUUUAAUGUGGAUAAUGGAUAGAGUAUUCAAAUUUACUAACUUUGGAAUUGUUUCUAUAUUACAUCAAGAUUUCUUUAUUGUAUCAGGCCGCAAACGAAGGGAAGAAAGUUUAAAACAAUUAGAGAAACAUCUUAAAGAUUCUUAUAUACCACGGGAUAGAAAAUGGAUGGUACUUUUCCCAGAAGGAGGUUUUCUGUGCAAAAGACGGGAAACUUCGCAAAAAUAUGCUAAAAAAAAUAAUUUACCUAUUCUUGAAAAUGUAACUUUGCCAAGAGUAGGAGCCAUGCAAACGAUAUUUGAUACUCUUGGACCAGCAUCAAGCAAGAAUAUGCAAGAUCAACAAUUAAACAGUCGACCAAAUAUGACAGUAGCUAAGCCAGAAAUUAGUUGGAUUCUUGACAUAACAAUAGCGUAUCCUCAAGGUAAACCACUUGACUUACCUACUAUUAUAACUGGUUCGAGAUCCCCGUGUGAGACGGUAUUAUUCUAUCGACUUUUUCCUAGUUCAGUGGUUCCUCGCGAACCAGAACAAUUAUCUAAAUGGUUGUAUGAGAGAUGGGUAGAAAAAGAAGCGCUCUUGGAGCAUUUUUAUAAAUAUGGAACGUUUCUUGGUACAAAAGGAUCAGACAGAAGUGGUUCCAAAGUACAUCAGGAUCCACUAAGAUUCCUAGUCCUUCAUUUAUUCUUCAUAACUUCUAGUUAUAUUCAUUAUAGUAUGCUUGCAUACGUGCUAUCUUACUUUUGGUAAGAUAUUUUAUACAUCAUGUACAAUGAUCAAUGUUUAUGAAACAAUGUUUAUAAAGGAAAUCACAGAGAGAGAGAGAGAGAGAGAGAGAGAGAGAGAGAGAGAGAGAGAAAGAGUAACGAAGUAAGAUAUCCUUGCCUUAAAUGAACACUAAUAUCUAUGAGAACAAUUCUAAUAAAUAUGUGCGAAUUAUCACAAAUUUAGGAAGCAAACCUAAUAUAAAAAAAUUACUUGCGUAUAACGAUUAUUUUUAUUUAAUAUGUAAUACAAUUGAAAGCUAUUUAAGUAUUUAUAACUUAUGUUGUGCUAUUGAUUAAAGCUGAUAAUAUUAGCAUGUUUUAAAUUUAAUUUCACAAAAUAUUAAUACCUUUUACAUUUAUUAAAAAUAAACAUUGUAAAUAAAUCAAAUAAGUCGUCUCUAUAAUUGAUUAUUACAUAUUUAAAAAUAUUUUUAUUAUACCAUAUAUUUUUUAAAUUACAAAAUUUAUUAAUUUUAAGUCACAAAGUUGGUUUCAAGAAUCAAUGUACUCUUGUGUUUUCACUAAUUUGAUUAAAUACUCUGAGAACAAAAUUUUUGAGCAUGCGCAGGUUUGUAGAUUUGUAAUCUUUAUUUGAAAUAUAUAUGCAUAUGUAUCUGUGUGUAAGGUGUGUGAGGUUUUAUACAUAUACAUAUAUAUAUAUAUAUAUAUAUAUAUAUAUAUAUAUAUAUAUAAAAUCCAAUGGGAAGAAUUAUAUGCCUAGGUCAAGAAAUUGACAUCAAUAAUGAUUUCAAUCAUAUAUAUAUAAGACGGUACACAAAAUUAAUAUAAAUUUUUAAAAAUACACAUACAUAUAUGAAAAUAAAUUCCUGGUGUACAAUAUUGAAAUAUAUAUGUAUAUAUUGAUUCUUUUAUAAAAAUGUUAUAAUAUUUCUUGCUUUAGAAUCUUGCAAACAUGUAAACGACAUAGUAUAUGAAUUAAUAAUCGAUUUGAGGCAAUUCCACGAAUAAUUUGCAUAUUUUGUCUGCAUAAUAAAUGUUAUAUCCAAUUUUAUAGAUACUCAAGUGGUAUAUGCGAUAAUUCACAUUAACUUUAAUUAUUUUCACUUACAAUGUAUGCAUAUGUUCACACAUUUAUUUGCACAUACAUCUGAAACUUGGCAGCGUAAUAAAAAAAAAAACUUAUAAUACAUAGAGUUACAUGCGUAUUUAAUAGUAUAAUAAGUUUAUUAUAGGUUAAUUAGAUGUUCUAUGUAAAAUGUGAUUACAAUGUAUAAUAGCGAGAAGAAUUUCUACUGCUGUGCAGGCUAGAAUUUUUCAAAAAAAGUAUCCAGUCAUUUGUGAUAGGUUAGCGAAGAAAAUAUUUUUCAAGGAAAAAAUGGUCCAUUCUAUAAGCAUAAUGUUUUUACAUUGUAGAAAUUUUGUAAUAAUAAGUUCGUAAUUGUAUUGAUAAAAAUUAGAAAAGUAAUAUGUUAAGAAAUUAAAAAUAAAAAUGAAGAACAGA